CACAGCAGACGUGUCAUGGUGGGCAGCGCACAGGUCACCAGCGACAUACUGCGGAACCCCAGAGGCAGAGCUGCGUCAAGUGACGUCCACAAUCAGUGCCGCGGGUCACGCCUACUGCUCGGCCCGUUCUGCCCAGCUUCCUCCAAGCUCCGCGCCUCAGCCACUGUUUCUGCAAAGAACUGUUUUAUCGUUUUUUCUGAGAUGUCAUUAAGUGAGAAAAGUGAUGAGGAGAUCAGCAAGUUGCUUGCUGAAUAUGGCAUUAAACACGGACCCAUAGUAGGCUCUACUCGGAAGCUGUACGAGAAGAAGCUUGAAAAUGCCAUGGAGAAGACUCCAGCCAAAUCCUCCUCUGAUAAGACCUACUACAGAGAGGAAGAAGAGGAGAUUACCUACAUCACAUACCACAGUCCAGUUAGACAUGAGGGUUCUGCAGACAUGCUGAAACGAAGAGGCAAUGCUGAGCAAGAUGACGACGAGGAAUCAGACCAAGAUACAGAGCCCGCUAUCCAGAUGACUAACAGAACGGCCAAUCACAGUGCAGUGCGAUACAAGGAGCCUGUCAGGAAGUCUGGAGGCAUCAUGUGGAAGGUGAUUCGCCUGCUGCUGUUAGCUGUGUUAGCAGCUGUCCUCUACUAUGCCUACUGCCGCAUGAUAUCCGACGAAGAAAAUCCCUUUGGCAUUCAGUGAUAUAAUUUUUUGUUAAAGAUCCCCUCCAGUCACGUUUAGUCAAGUAUACAAAAAUAAUCUGCUAUGUUUAAUAUUUUGUUUAACAUUGUUGAUGUUGAAACAGAAGAAAAGUAUUUUUUGAUAAGUACAUCUCUUCUCCAUUAAUGUUCAAGUGGCAAUCACGGGUUGUUGUUUUGUUUUUCCUUUUUCUUUGUCUUAUCUUGUUAUUUUUCUUAUUCUAAUACACAGUUUAACCACUGUGGAGAAUAGAAAUGCAAACAUUUCCACAUUCCAUGCACCUUUAACGGCUGGCCAUGUUCUAUAUUUCUUGGUGUCACCAAAUCCCAUGAAUUGACAAAAAAAAUUCCUGUGACGUUUUUCCGUAUAUGCAGUUUGGCUCGGCUCGUCUGCCCAGGGCAACGGGGGGUUGCUUUUCUAUUACAGCAGGGCUACCUGGUUGUGGGUGUGCUCUCAACUGAUGAUGCGCCGCCCUGAGUCAAUGACGUAUAAAGCCACUGCCCACUUUACUUUUGCUUUGUGCAACAGUUGUUGGUACGUCUCAUGAUGUGUGUUGAGCACUGCGUCCAUCAAAUCAAACAACCAGAACGUUUGCCGCUCGGCACCACUGGUGCUGUUGUGGUCCACGAUGCGCUUGUAUUGUUGCCGGAGUUUUUUGGAUUUCUUUUGGCACUGUACACAGGUUCUCUGGAUCCCCAUCUCCUCCAGCUUGCUUGCGAUAUCCCUGCACGCCUUCUCGUUCUUGUCGCCCAUUCAGGUCGUCCUGGAUAGUUUUCUCCAGCGCCGUUGAAUGAGAGUCGUGACAACAGAAGUCCAAAAUGCAGACUUCAGAUAGUUCUUGAAGUGCAAUUCGAAUCCAUUAUUCAGAGCGAAAGAAAUUCGAUUUUUGGUCAUUAAUAGUCAAUAAAUGUAUCGAUUUACAAUAAAGCAGACUGUAAUGCCUAUGUAGUUACUCUAUGUAGUUAGUCAAUAAGUUUUCUUAAAUCAUAAAUUAAUCAUAAAUCAAAAUCCACUAACAUGCUUUA